ACUGGGGAGAAGCCCUAUGAAUGUAAGGUUUGUGGGAAAGUCUUUGGGUAUUCUUCAAAUCUUAAUAGUCAUAUGCGAACCCACACUGGGGAAAAACUUUAUGAAUGUAAAAUAUGUAAGAAAUCCUUUACUACUUCUUCAAGUCUAACUGAACAUUUCAGAAUUCAUACUGGAGAGAAACCCUAUAAGUAUAAAGAAUGUGGAAAAGCUUUUACUAAGUACUCGGGACUUUCUACACAUGUACAAACACAUGCUGGACAGAAGCCCUAUCUAUGUAAGUCAUGUGGGAGAUCUUUCACUGUUUCUUCAAACAUGACUAAACAUUUAAGAAUCCAUACUGGCGAGAAACCUUAUCAAUGUAAGGAAUGUGGAAAAGCCUUCCAUGCAUCUUCCUACCUUUAUAAACAUGUAAAAACACAUACUGGAGAGAAACCCUAUAAAUGUGAUAAGUGUGGGAAAACCUUCCACACUUCCUUCUACCUACGAAAACAUGUAAGAACUCACAGUGCAGAGAAACCUUAUAAAUGUAGGGAAUGUGGAAAAUCCUACAAAAGAUGUUAUCUAUUGAAUGAACACUUAAAAAACUCAUAUGGUGGAGAAACUCUUUGAUUACAAGGUAUGUGGAAAGUCUU